AUGGGAAAGAACCAGUCCAAGCUCUCGCCGGAGCAGCUCUCCGAUCUCCAGAAGAACACUUACUUCGACAGGAAAGAGUUGCAGCAGUGGUACAAGGGUUUCUUGAAGGACUGCCCUUCCGGUGUUCUCGACAAGCAGGAGUUCUGCCGCAUCUACAAGCAGUUCUUCCCCUUCGGCGAUCCAUCCACGUUCGCAGAGUACGUCUUUGGCGUCUUUGACGAGAACAAGAACGGUACCAUCGACUUCAAGGAGUUCAUCUGUGCGCUAAGUGUCACUUCGCGAGGAAGGCUCGACGAGAAGCUUCGAUGGGCGUUCCAGCUCUACGACAUUGACGGAGAUGGCACUAUCACCUACGAUGAGAUGCUUACAAUUGUCAAGAGCAUCUACAAGAUGACCGGCCAGAUGGUCAAAUUGCCAGAGGACGAGGACACUCCCGAGAAGCGAGUGGACAAGAUCUUCCGCAUGAUGGACCGCGACAAGAACGCUCAGCUCUCGUUCGAGGAGUUUCAGGAGGGAAGCAAGCAGGACCCAACCAUCGUCCAGGCUCUGUCUCUCUACGACGGUCUCGUCUAA